GAGAGGGGGGGAGAUGGAGGUGGCUGUCGGCUCGGCGACGUCGCUCCUGGGCAAGGUGUGGACGACGCUGUCUGAUGGUCUGGUGGCGGCGUACGUGGAUAGCCUCCAGCUCGGCCAAAACUCGGAGCAGAUCAGGGACAAGCUGCUGCACACGCAGGGCCUCCUGCACAACGCCCAGGCCCAGCUGAGCGACAACCCUGGCCUGCAGCGCUUGUUGGAGAAGCUGAGCAGGGACGCCGACCAUGCUGAGGAUCUCCUUGAUGAGCUCCACUACUUCCAGAUCCAUGACAGGCUCCACGGCACCAACUACGCCACCACCCAAGAGGCCGGCCCGGAUCUGGACAGCCUUGUCCGCCAUCAAGCUCUCCACGCCGGUAGUGCUCUUCGCCACACCCUAACCAGCUUGCUCCACUGCUUUUCUUGCUCCUCCUCUACACCCAAGGUCAAGAGCGAUGCUGCUGCUGAUGAUUUUGCUGCUGCUGCUGUUGCCGGCGUCACCAACUCCAACUCUGCUAGUGCUGAUGACAAUGUUGAUACGCUGCUGCAUUUUGACAGAGUGUCCAUGUCCAGACAAAUCAAGUCCGUGUUACAGGGCAUGCAGUCCCACUGUAAUUCCGUCUCCAAUUUGCUCAGCAGUACCCCAACCAACAACACAGCAGUCGGCGUCGUCUUACAUCGGCCUCAGACUGUUUCCAUGAUUAUACAAGAUACAUUGCAUGGCAGGACAAACACUUUUGAGGAAACUCUAAACCGUAUCACCGCUGUUACCGCCGGUGCCACACACACUCAGACUCUUUCUGUUCUUCCUAUAGUUGGUCCAGGGGGUAUUGGAAAGACAACUUUCACCACUCACCUCUACAAUCAUGCAAGGACUGAUGAGCACUUCCAAGUCAAGGUCUGGGUGUGUGUAUCCACUGAUUUCGAUGUGCUCAAGCUCACCAGAGAGAUCCUUGGCUGCAUACCUGCAACUGAAGGGGGAGGAAGCAACAGCAACAUUGCAAAUGAAACAACCAAUCUAGACCAGCUUCAGAGAUCCAUUGCACACCGUCUCAAGUCCAAGAGGUUUCUGAUUGUCUUGGAUGAUAUAUGGAAAUGCGACGGUGAGGAUCAGUGGAAGACCCUCCUAGCUCCAUUCACAAAGGGGGAAGCCAAAGGAAGCAUGCUACUGGUCACUACUCGGUUCCCAAAGGUAGCAGACAUGGUGAAAACUGUUGAUCCACUGGAGCUGCGAGGUUUGGAGCCUAAUGACUUCAUCACAUUCUUUGAAGCAUGUAUAUUUGGUGAAGAAGACAAGCCGAAGAAUUAUGAAGAUGAGCUAGCUGUUAUUGCACGAAAAAUUGCAGACAAGCUAAAGGGUUCCCCAUUGGCAGCGAAAACAGUUGGCAGGCUAUUGCACAAGGAACUUUCUCGGCAACAUUGGAAUGGAGUUCUUGAAAAGCAUCAGUGGCUAGAGCAGCAAAAUAAUGAUGAUAUCAUGCCAUCCUUAAAGAUUAGCUACGAUUGCCUCCCAUUUCAUCUAAAGAAAUGCUUUUCCUAUUGUGGCCUUUUCCCUGAAGAUCAUGACUUUACUUCUUCAGAAAUCAGUCAUUUCUGGGCUGCAAUAGGCAUCAUAGACGCUCAUCACCAAGCCAGUAGGAAUUACUUGGAACAACUAGUGGACAAUGGUUUUCUCAUGAAGAAGAAAUCCAAUUAUCAGGGUGAUCGUGAUCGAUACUACUAUGUAAUGCAUGAUUUGAUGCAUGAGCUAUCUAAGAGUGUUUCUGCACAAGAUUGCCUCAAUAUAAGUGGCUUAGAUUUCAGAGCUGAUGCCAUCCCACAAUCUGUUCGGCACUUAUCUAUCAACAUAGAAGACAGAUAUGAUGCAAAUUUUGAGCAAGAAAUGUGUAAACUAAGGGAGAGGAUAGACAUUGCUAAUCUGCGGACUUUGAUGAUUUUCAGAAGAUAUCAAGAAGAAAGAAUCACCAAGCUUUUGAAAGAUACCUUUAAGGAAAUAAAUAGUCUGCGUGUCCUAUUUAUAAGGGUGAAGUCUGCACAAGAUUUUCCAUAUAGGUUUUCAAAACUUAUCCACCUCCAGUACCUCAAAAUUACUUCAUAUAACUACAGUGAAGAUGAAAUGAGUUUGCCUAGUACACUAUCAAGAUUUUAUCACUUGAAAUUCUUGCACCUAUAUGGUUGGUGUCGUAGUUUUGAUUUGCCUGAAGACUUUAGCCACCUUGAGAAUUUACAUGAUUUCCAUGCUAGAAGUGAAUUCCACUUCAAUAUUCGCAAUGUCGGAAAGAUGAAGCAUCUGCAGGAGCUGAAAGAAUUCCAUGUCAGGAAGGAGAGCAUGGGAUUUGAACUGACAGAACUUGGGGCGUUGACAGAGCUUGAAGGAGGACUGGUUAUACGUGGUCUUGAACACGUGGUAACCAAGGAGGAAGCUACUGCAGCCAAAUUGAUGUUGAAAAGGAAUCUGGAGGAGUUGGAAUUACUUUGGGGCAGAACUACAGAUUCUGAUAUUCUUGAUGCUCUUCGACCACACCCGAAUCUUAGAGCACUUAGAAUUGCAAAUCAUGGUGGUACAGUUGGUCCUAGAUGGUUGUGUCUUGGAGACAUCUGGUUAACAAGUUUGGAGACUCUCACUCUACAAGGCGUAUCUUGGAGCACCCUCCCGCCUUUUGCGAAGCUACCAAAUCUCAAGGGACUCAAAUUGAUGAAAAUUUCUGGAAUGCUUCAGUUUGGGCCUGUCUGUGGUGGCGCUCCAGGCAAAUGUUUUAUGCGCUUGAAGACAGUUGAGUUUUAUGAGAUGCCAGAACUUGCUGAAUGGGUUGUGGAACCUAAUUGUUGUUCCUUUCCAAGUCUUGAAGAUAUCAGAUGCUUCGGUUGUCCGAAUCUCCGUGUGAUGCCCUUGUCGGAGGUAUGUUGCACCAAUUUGCGCAGACUUAUAGUUUCUGGGUGCCCCAAGAUGUCUCUGCCUUCCAUGCCUCACACCUCCACACUGACAUGUUUGGUUGUUAAAAGAUAUGUUUCUGAAACGUUGUUGUCUUAUGAUGGAAAGAGUUUGGUUGUUAGAGGGUAUGGUGGUGCUUUGGCCUACCACAAUGUGGAUAAAGUAGAAGAAAUGGAUAUUGCAAAUGUAUCACACAUAUCAUUGACAGACAUUGAAAAGUUUAAAUCCUUAAGAGAGCUAACUGUCGGAAGAUGCGACGGUUUGUUCCCUGAAGAGCUGGAUGGCAGUUUUGUCUUGCGUUCAGUUAAGAGUCUCAAAUUAGAUGUAUCUCAUCUUACCAGCAGCAAAUCAUCAUUGUCAAAAGUGUUAAAUUGUUUCCCAGCUGUUUCUGUGUUGAGGAUAUUUGGAGAUGGAAACCAUGACUAUGAGGAGCGUGCAGUACAGCUCCCAUCAUCCAGCUCACUGCAGGAACUUACCUUGUGGAAGUGUAAGGGCCUGGUUCUUGUGUCUGUGGAGAAGGAUAAUGGAAGAGGAAUUCAGGAGUACAAGUCGUUGCUCCAAUCAUUAAGAAUAUCCAAAUGUGGCGAAUUUUUGUGCCGGUGGCCCUCCUCGGCCAUUUGCCCUUUCCCUGCUUCCCUGAGAAAACUUGAUAUUGUGGGAGAGCCAAGCAUGCAGUCAAUGGCUCUGCUCUCAAACCUCACGUCCCUCACCGGACUAAGGCUAAACUACUGCAGUAAUUUAAGAGUGGACGGAUUCAAUCCUCUCAUCGCAGUCAACCUCAUAAACUUGGAAGUGUGUAGGUGCAACACCUUAGCAGCAGAUCUGCUCUCAGAGGUGGCCUCUCACUCUCACUCUCAGAGGGCCAAAUUAUUGCCUGCUGAAAGUUACAUAUCUAGAUUGGAGGUACUCAAGGUGGAUGGCAUCUCUGGAUUGCUUGUUGCUCCUAUUUGCAACCUCCUCGCCCCGGCCCUCCACACACUUGUAUUCUGGUAUGAUAAUGGGAGGAUGGAAAGCUUGACGGAAGAGCAAGAGAAAGCGCUGCAGCUCCUCACCUCCCUCCGGACACUAGAAUUUUUCUAUUGCAAGGUUCUGCAGUCCCUUCCUCAAGGGUUACAUCGCCUUUCUUCUCUCAAGGAGUUACGUGUAGUUGGGUGUCCAAACAUCCGAUCGAUGCCCAACAAGGAGGGCCUCCCGGUUUCGCUGAGAAAACUGCAGAUGGAUCGUUUCAGUUGCAGCGCUGAGAUAAAGGAGCAAAUUGAGGAAAUCAAAAGAACCAGGCCAGAUUUAUCCGUCGUGUAUUUCUAACUAGACCCAAGCUAGACUGUUGCAAUCUUUCUGCUACAUCGAAUAUGCCAGUUAGUACCAACUUUCUGGUCCUUACUUUAUGAUUGCAAUCAUGCAUCUGGAGUU